AUGAACAUCACCAUGAUCGACAAUUUCGAUUCGUUCACCUUCAAUCUGGUCGAUUACUUCCGCCGCCUCGAAUGCACCGUGCGGGUGUAUCGCAAUGACAUCCCGGUGGACAUCGUGGCGACGUCGGAGCCGGACCUGCUGGUCUUCUCCCCAGGUCCGUCGACGCCCGCCAACGCCGGCAACCUGCUGGCCUACAUCGAUCAUUUCCACCAGCACGUGCCGCUGUUCGGGGUGUGCCUGGGCCAUCAGGCGAUGAUCGAGUAUUUCGGCGGCACGCUGCGGGUGCUGCCACGUCCCUACCACGGCAAGCAAAGCGAGAUCGACCACCACGGCGAGGGCAUCUACGAAGACCUGCCAUCGCCGCUGCCGGUGGGCCGCUACACUCGCUGGUCGGCGACGUGA